AUGACUUCUUCUCCGCCCGAAAUCGUUCCUCAACAGCCUCUUGACGCGUUCCUCCUCAAUAAAACGGACACAGAGCAGGUUUAUCAGUCAUUAACAUCAGAAUUAUGAAAUACACUUUGAAGGAAAUGUUCUUGGCCAAACAUCCGAACUAUGACGGAAGAGACAUCAUCAUUGCGAUCCUGGACACUGGAGUCGAUCCGUCUCUUCCUGGAAUGCAAGUGACGACGACUGGAGAGCGCAAAAUGCUAGACGUGAUCGACUGCUCCGGAGCAGGAGACGUUGACACCUCUACGAUCAGAAGUGUCAAGGACGGAUUCAUCGAAGGAUUAUCUGGCCGGAAAUUAGCCAUUCCGGAAAAGUGGGCGUGUCCUACUGGAAAGUAUCACGUCGGUCUGAAGCCGAUUUUCGAAUUGUACACGAAAGGAGUCAAGACUCGUGUUCUGAGCGAGAGAAAAGAAGACUUCGUCGGUCCAGCCCACAAUGGUGCGACUGCCGAGGCACAGAAACAACUGGCUGCUCAUGAAACCGAGGUGGGAGGUACGAGCGAGAAGACUUCAGAUAAAUGGGCAAGGGAAGACCUCGCAUGCAAAGUAGACUUCCUGAAGACGAUGUCGUCUGUGGCUGAUGUCGGACCGGUGGCUGAUGUCGUGACGUGGCACGACGGAGAGAACUGGAGAGUGUGCAUUGACACCUCAUUCCGUGGCCGUCUUGGAAUGUGCAAUGUGCUCGGAACAUUCAGAGAAACGGGAGAUUACGCGUGUUUGACUGACAAAGACUCUGUUGUCUACACAGUAAGAGUGAGCAUCGAUGGUAAUCUGACAGAGAUUGUGGUUCCAUCCGGCUCGCAUGGUAGCCAUGUGGCAGGAAUCGCUGCAGCCAACUACCCGGACAAUCCACAAAAGAAUGGACUUGCUCCAGGGGCGAAGAUCCUUUCGUUGAACAUUGGAGAUCAUCGGUUGGGAGCCAUGGAGACCGGGCAAGCAAUGACAAGAGCGUUCAAUAUGUGCGCCGAACUAAAGGUCGACAUCAUCAAUAUGUCUUUUGGAGAAGGAACUCACCUUCCUGAUGCCGGGUCAGUUAAAUGUUCUCUUAUUGCUUUUCGAAAACAAUCUCAUUUCCAGACGAGUUAUCGAAGAAGCUCGUCGUCUUAUCGAUCGUCGCGACGUUAUCUACGUGUGCUCUGCUGGAAAUCAGGGACCGGCUCUUUCAACUGUCGGAGCUCCGGGAGGAACGACAACUGGAGUAAUCGGAAUCGGAGCUUACUUGACUGCCGAAUCUGCCGAUACUCUCUACGGAAUCUACAAGCCAGUCGAGAGCAAUAUUUACCCGUGGAGCUCGCGUGGACCCUGCCAAGACGGAAAGCUCGGCGUCAGUUUGGUGGCUCCCGCUGCCGCAUUCGCAGGAGUUCCGCAGUACUGCAGACAGAGCAUGCAAAUGAUGAACGGUACGAGUAUGAGCUCGCCGAACGCGGCUGGCAACGUGGCUUGCAUGCUGUCUGGAUUGAAGCAGCAGAAUCUGAAAUGGACUCCGUACACUGUCCGAUUGGCGCUGGAGAAUACUGCUCAAGUGCUUCCCCAGAGCGAUGCAUUCUCACAAGGACAAGGAAUGAUCAAGAUUUCGGCGGCUUUUGAGAAACUGUCCGGAAUUUUGAAUGAGAAAGUGUUCCCUCAAAAAUUGACGCAUUUCGAUAUCAAAGUUGGAGAACACUGCAAGAAAUCGAAAGGAAUCUACAUCCGUGAGCCCAACUGGAACGGACCGCAAGAGUUCACCAUCGGAGUAGAACCCUUAUUCCAAAACCAUCAAGCCGAAAACAACUUGCCAGCCAUUGGAUUCGAGAAGCAGGUCAUUCUGCAGUCUAAUGCUCCAUGGGUUUCCCACCCUCAGACAAUGUUUGUGGUGGCUCAAGAGCGGACAAUGGUGGUCACAGUGGACACUUCGAAGGCGCCGAAGGGAGCCAGCUACACAGAAAUUGUGGGAAUCGACGCCGCCGAUCCGACACUCGGACCCAUUUUCCGUAUUCCGGUGACGGUCAUCAUCCCUGAAAAAAUUGCCGAUUUGUACAGUUCGAAGCUCGUCGGGAAAUCUGGAGUUCCAGAAAGACGCUUUGUCGAAAUUCCAGCGUGGGCCACCAGUGCAAGUAAGUGGUUGACUCCCCCUCGUCUAGAAGCAUUCCACGUUUUCAGAAAUCUCUCUGACUUCGACCAACAAGGACGAAAUGGACAGAUUCACUCUGCAUACCGUCUACGUUGAGGAUGACAAGUGCUCUCGUAACACGGAAACCCAGAAGAUUCAAGGACCGAUCGGAAGUGAAUGGAGCAAAGCGAUCACUGUGAAAGGAGGCAAGACCCUCGAGGCGUGUGUCGUCCGUCAGUGGUCUCGCGGAAAGAAUCCGGUCGAUGUAGACCUAAAGAUCGAGUUUUUCGGUGUCAAAAAGCCUGAUUCAAUUGCACUCGUUCACGGAGCAACCAACACUCCGAUCCGUAUUCAGGCGGCGCCCACGAAGAGCAUCGACGUAGCGCCGUCCAUUUCUCUCAAAUCUCUCGUCGUCUCUCUGAAGCCACAAUCAGCUAAAGUGGAGCCGUUGGGACCGCGAGACUUGUUCCACACUUCCGGUCUCCAGAUCAAUCGCGUUCUGCUCAGCUACCAGCUCAAAGGUGAUUCAAUGGGUUUGGAAACUAUUAAAUCCAAUUUUUUGCAGUUCAAAAGACGUGCGAAGUGAAUCUGGAGUUUGCGGGGCUCACUCCGUACUUGUACGAGGCACCAGUCGACUGCGUUCUCUUCCAAAUCUUCGGGGCCAACAAAUCGUUCGUCGGAGCGUCGGCCGCCUAUCCGAGCCGCUGGACGCACAAGCUCGAGAAGGGAGAUUACACGAUUCAGGCACAAAUCAGACAUCCAGACGACCAGGUCCUUCAGGGAUUGAAGGAGCUCCCUUGCUGUAAGAGUGCAUUCUUCAGAAAGUAGCAUAAUAUCCUUUUUCAGUGUGCACGUCAAGCUUCCUGCAAAGGUUUCAGUCGAUUUGGCAGCAACUAUUGAUGACGCUCUUGUUGGAAAGGAGAGCAAGUUCGCCGGAAAAGGAUUGCUGCCGAACCAGGAAAUGACCGUCUACGCGAUAAGCGUGGUCGAUGACAAACUGCCGAAGACGAUCACUCCUACCAGUGGAAGCUUCCUGCUCGGAACGUUCUCUGCUCUCAAAGAUUCCGACCUGAGCACUGUUGACAAGUCGGAGGUUGUCUACUAUUUGAGCGAAUAUUCGACACGUCCGGCGAAAGGAUUGUCGAUGGUGACUGCGAAAAAGGAGAAGAGUCAGAACGAAGAAAUGACCGGUAAGUUGAAAAGACGAAUGACCUUCUCAAAGAACAAGAGAAAUUCAGAAGCCAUUCGUGACUUGGAAGUCUCCUGGGUGAGCAAACUGACCGACGAGAAGGCAGCCAAAGAGUUCUUCGAGACUUGCUUCAACAAGUAUCCGGACCAUUUGCCGCUUCUUCAAAACCGCGUCAAACAACUGAUGCAGAUAAAAUUGAAUGAUCAGACCGCAGAAGGUGUGCAGAAGGUCGUCGAGUUGUGCGGAAAGAUUCUUGAACUGACGAAACCCGCUGAAGUUCUACAAUUUCUCUCCGUGAAGCAGGAGCACGCCGAUGAUCUUCUGACUAUCGACAAAUGGAUCGCUGUGACUGGUGGAAGUGAGGAUCAACGGAAGGAUGCUGCCAAAAUAGUGGCCAAGUUCGAGGAAAGGAAGACGGCCACCGUGGCGGCUUUGCAAGCACUCGCCUCGUUGGAGCAGGAUCUGGAAGUGCGGAAGAGCAAGCAGAAUGUGCCAUCGAGUAUCCGUUUCGGUGGUAUCACGCCGUUGAUUUUGGAGGAAAACAAGGAGAGACGGUCACAAAGAAGUCGAGUAACUACGAAACGCUAAAGACGAAAGCGGAGCAGAUCGAUCUGAUUGUGUCCGAAGAGCUCAAGAAACUGGAUGAUAAAUGGACGGGCUCGCAGUUCUACGUGAAACUUCUCGUGUGGCUGUCUGCUGAUGACUCAAAGACAGCCCUUAUAUCUGCGAAACACGCCGCCGCUCUCGGACAAUUCGGAAGAUGCGCAAAGCUUUUGAACAAGGCGAGCGAAGAGUUGAAGGCGUCGGCCACUGAUUCGGCGACUGUGGAUACGAGUCUGGCGGAGGUUUGUGAGCAUCUCGAGUGGAAUCAUCUGGCCACGUACUUCAAGAACUUGGCCCUAAUCAAAAACCGUCCAUCGUACAGACUUUUCUAA